AUGGCCGAGAUGCGCUACCAGGGCGUCGACAUCCCCCCUGUGGUACGUACCCUCGUAAGACAGCUCUACAUGAGAGCCUACUCAGCAGAAGAGCGCAGCGACCGCCUAGCCAGCAAGCACCAGCGGCUGCAAGCCGAGCAUGCUCAACUUGUUGUUGAGUUUAACCGGUACUGCAAGGAAGCGUGGAAGACCAAGGCCAAUAAGACGCCAUACGACGAUAUGCAGAAAUCCGUGGAUGCUCUCAUCGGUGCUAAUAAAGAGUCUCGGGAUACGAUUAAGAGCAUGUUUGAUGAGAACUUAGAUAUGAGUAUUAAGGUUAUCACGCUGAGAAGAGAAGUGAUGGAGUUGAGAAAGGAGAACGGUACACUCAAGGCCAAAAUAGCUGUUAAAGACUCUGAAAUGUGA